AUGUUGUACUGCGGGGAGAUUGUAGCAACAGCCUCACCGACUGUGCUCACAACACUGUUCGUCGCAUUCCUCGCGAGCGUGGUCGGGCUAUGGCUAGCGGCCGUACGCCGCCGCGCUCUUCAAUGCGAGCAUGCCUUGCCCAUCUCGCCGCCUGGCGCUCUGCCCUACUUUGGCCACCUGUUUCAAGCAUCCGACGGUCCGACGCUGCGAGGCAAGCUGCGCGAGCUGGGCGCUCUGUACGCCUCGCACGAAGUGUUCAGUCUGCGCUUGGGUCCUGUACACGUCAUGAUGCUCAAUUCGCGCCAAGCGGUGGAGGAGCUGCUGGGAAGAAGAGGCAAGAUAUACAGCAGCAGACCCAUGAAUGUCGCGGCGAAACACUUUUUCACGAAGCAGAGCACCGCUUUUGCGCCGUACGGACCUGACUGGAAGAAUGCCCGAACCAUCAUCAACAAGUCUUUUGGACAGCGAGCCAUUUCGGCCAAGGCGCUGGAGUAUAUGCAAAUCGAAUCUGCUCAGCUGGUCAAGCGUCUGCGCGAUCGACUGCUGCUACAGGUCGAUCAGAGCGCCACGCAGUCCUUUGACGAUGCUGGCGUGCCGCGAGAGCUGACACGUUUUGGUCUGGGAAACUCUUGGCGCAUCAUAUUUGAUGGGCAGGAAUUGAGAGACGAAGAUGUACAGGAGGCGAUGGAGGCCGUCCAGUGGAUCACAAAGUACGCUGGCAUACGUUCAAGAUUGUCCCAGCUCUUUCCCGCGCUCGAGCAUUUGCCUGGCUUUUUGAACGGAGAGAUCAGACUCAUUCGUCAAGCCCGACAGCGACUCAUGGAUAUCUUUCUGCCACGCUAUUUCGAACUGCUGAAUGCCGAGCUCGAUCAGGUUGAAAAGAACAGAUCGGGUGUGCACAAAGACGCGCAUGACGAUGCGGCAGAGAGCGGGCACGACUACCACGCUCGGUUUGUUGCGGGCAAGGAAGCACGUCGGGAGCUGGGAUGCGAACGAGCAAGAUUUCUCAUCACUGGUCUUCUCUCCGCUAGUGGAGACACCACCUCUGGAAGCUUGUUGUGGACCCUGUGCUACUUGGCAGAAUAUCCGGAGGUGCAGCGCAAGGCACAAGCUCUGCUCGACGAUGCAUUCGGCCAACUGGACGCUCCACCCACCUUUGACUCGGAGAGAGAGCAAGCGGAAGCGUGGGCAUACAUUCGAGCCAUCGUCAAGGAGCAAUCUCGUUUGUCGCCCGUCAGCCCGACCAACGGUCCGAGAAGGUGCGACGCGGAUGAUGUGUACAAGGGAGUCUUGAUACCCAAAGGAAGCAUCGUCUUUAUCAACGCUGGUCAUAUUCUGCGAGAUGCUAGGGUGUACGAUGAGCCGCUGAGGUUCAAGCCGGAGAGAUGGUUGGAGGCAGAUCGUGCCGCAUCUGUCGGUGAUCUGCUGCACGAUGUGUGGCCAUUCGGAUUUGGGCGAAGAGGUUGUCCCGGAAUUCACUUGGCCACUCAGGCUCUUCCGAUGGCCUUGAUGCACAUUUUGCUAAAUUUCAACAUUGGGCAGCUGCAUUCCACGCGGCCGCUCGACACUGCAGGCGAUUUGGGAAAGGGCGAGAUCGUAGUUGCGCCCGAUGUAUCCAACAUUACACUCUCAUUGCGAGAGCCACAUGGGAUCGUUGAAUAG